ACCCGGCAUGGAAUCUGUACAAUGUCUCUGAGUCUUAUCUAUGCAGUGAGUGAAUAGUUUAGUAAAGUAUGUUUUAAUUAUUCAGUUCGUGAGUAAACUGUAACACGGUCAGGGUAAAAAAGAUGCAGUGAAUGCCAGGACGAGUGAAUUGUUGUUUUUCAGGGCGGGUAGAAUUGAGUCAAAGUGAGUCCGAGCACAGAUGUGACUCUGUAGUGUAUGAGUGAGUGUGAACAGUGUAGAGCCUUAUUACAGUAACAGUGAACUCUGUGCAGUGAAAGCUGAGCCGUGUGCACUGACUGCACCUCCGACUGCCCACGAACUAGUUUGGUCUGUUCGCAGCUGAUAUGUUUCCUUCAUCCCUGGUUGGACUAGAUGGAAAUUAAGACACGGAAGUAUGAGUACGGGUCGGUACUGUACUUCACCAUCAGUAGAGAUGUUGUAGAAAUGGAGGAUGGAUCUCUGGCACGCGCGUGGACGACUUUCAGAGGGACAUCAUGACCACCAUGAGGGACAUGGACAGGUCUGAAGGGGUGCUGGCUAAAGCCUUGUACGACUACCAAGGCAAUGGACCCGGAGAGCUCGCCAUGAAAUCCGGUGACAUGGUCGGCCUGCGCUGGAGAGUGGACGAUAAUUGGUAUUACGGCGAUAUUAAAGGGAACACUGGGCUUAUCCCCACCAGCAUGGUGCAGAUCCUGAGUGAGCAAUCGCAGCCGGCGCCGUUGUGCCGCGCCCUCUAUGACUUCGACCUGAACAGACUGGAUCCUGAUGACAGGAAGGAGUGUCUGGCCUUCAUGAAGGGAGACGUCAUCACUGUGAUUAAGCGAGUGGAUGAGAACUGGGGUGAAGGGAAGUUAGGAGACAAGGUCGGCAUCUUUCCUUUGCAGUUUACAGAGCCAAAUCCGACUGCGUUCAAACUCCUGGCGAGUGCGAAGGCGAGCGAUUUGGCAGAAUUUCACCCACGGAACGCGAGAGGGAGCAGCAGGAGGGUGAGUCUAGAUGCAGGCAGCCACAGACGACUCUCCAGGACGCAGGCGAGCGCAGCCAGGCCUCCCGACGUCAGCGUCCUGAACACUCUGAACCACGGUCAGACCCAGAGCUCAACAGCUCCUAGCGCUCCUCUGAAGCCCGGACGACUCUCCACCGCCUCUAAGCUGCGGGCUGGGAGCACUCGGAGAAGCCAGUCAAAGGGCGAAAGAAAGAUGAACGGCGAAGUUCCUCCAACAAUCACCAUGGCUCUCAUCAACCCGCAAGGUCCUCCACCGCAAGCAGAGAGCAAACAGUCCCCCAUCCAGCAGCUGUCUAUCAGUGUGUGUGCUGCCUUGUAUUCGUACAGUCCCCAUCGCCCAGAGGAGCUGGAACUGAGCAAAGGCGAGAUGGUAGGGGUUUACGGGAAGUUUAAGGAGGGCUGGUUACGUGGUCUCUCUCUCAAAACUGGCAAAGUGGGCAUCCUGCCUGCCAACUACGUCACACCCGUGCUGAGAACCUCCGCAAUGUUUGUCGAGCAGCCAAAGCUUGCUGUUCCCAGUGCAGCCAUAGCAUCAGCAAAGAGAUACACACCCCAGAAUCCCCAAGCAGCAUCAGUGCCUCUGGAUAAAGUAAAGGUUGAAGUGGCUGCUCUAGUCGGUGCCAUGCCCCCUCAGGCAGCUGUACCAUCUGGCAGUGCAGUGAAAUCUCCUCAAGCAGGAGGAAAGCAGGGCUGGGACACGGUCAGACGAGCCUUCCAGUCUUCACACAGAGGCUCAUUCCGGCAUAGCAGCUACCAUCCCCAAAAUCCAGGUUCAAGCCUGCAUCCUCCACCUCAGGAUUUGGGACAGAUCUACGGCUUUGGCCGUUCUCCCGUCCUUCCCAGGAAGAGAAAUGGCUUGUUUACAAAUCCCAUCAGGUCACAGCACUGGACUUAUGAAGGAACAACACCCUCUGCUGGUGGUGGUGCAUACCAGCCAACGGAUACCAGAUACAAGACUCUGAAGGAGACUUCCACAGCUCUUCAGUCCAUUCUGAUCAAACCAGAUAGUCACAGGCACAACACAGAGAAGCCUGUGAAGACGGUGAGGUUCCUGACUGAAGAAGUUCCUCAAACCACAACAAGGUUGACGUCCGUGUCGUCUGGAUCGCAGGUCAUGGGUAACUCUCCGAGCAGUCCCGUGGCUCUGGAGCACUGGAACCCGUCAGCCAUCAUAGGUCGGGAUGGAAGUACCUCAGUUUUUAAAGACACAAAGACAAUCAUGCAAAGAAAAGGUCACGGUCAGAAUAAUGCCAGUGGGGAGUUUCUGCCUUUAGGUACAAAACUGUACGCAGCCAACAGCCAGUCCAGCCCCAUCAGACACAGGGUGUUGAAGGCAUAUAAUGCAAAGACUGAUGCUGAACUGAACCUGCUGGAGGGAGAGCUUGUGCUGGUCCAAAAGCCUCGGUCAGACGGGAGGGUUCUGGUGAAACAGGAAAUCACUGGAGUGACUGGCAUCUUCCAAAGCAGUAUUCUGGACAUAUUGGACAAAGUUGCUUGAGUGUGUGUGAAUGUGUGUGUGUGUGUGUUCACAAUCUGCUAUCAAAUCUGCUAUCACACCCUCAGUGUUGCUUUUAAAUCCAUGUAAAACAAAUCACCUGCGUAAGCAAAGCAAUAUGCUCUUUAUGUACUUGAGUGUGUUUCAGUGUAUAUCAGCAUGCAUCUAACCAUAAACACACAUCUCAGAUCCACCUCAACAUCCACCCUGUCACUUAUCACUUCUGGGACAUAUAGCACCACUGCUGUUAUUUUGGGGUUAUGAAGGUCCCUAAGGUAUGCACAUAUUUUUAUAAAUUGAUAAGGACGUGGGCAGCUGUUUCGGACUCCUGUCCUCAGAUCUCAGAUUUUUAAAGUAUAUACUGUGUUCUAGUGUGUAAGACGUAUGUUGGGUCGUACACGGAAGGUUUGCACUUAUUAAAAAUGCACUAUAUGACACUGAGUUGAGUUGAGAUCUGAUAAUUGCUAUCUGUUUGUACAGCUCACUAAGAUAUCAGUCCCUCCAGGAUUUCACGAUUUUGCGAUACAGAUAUUUAACACUAAAUUGAGCAAACACCCAGAUAUUCAGAGAAGCUUGCAAUUUUUUUAGAAUGACCGCAGAUUUACUUCAGAUUUGGGUCAGGACUUGGGUGUUAUUUGAUGCCAUCAGUGUUGCCAGAUUGGACUGUGAUAACUAAUAUAAUAACAAACAGAAAACCCAAAAAAGGGCACUAUUUAGACACACACACUACGUUAGCUACUUGUAUAUGUUUUGAUUAAUUAUCAAACAUGACAUCAGAAUUUUAUAGCAGAAUAAUAGCCUUUAAACACAUUUACCUUUUUAUAGGGACUUAAUGCAGAGAAUCUUUGCAGAACUGAUGAGAAACUCUCUUGAAAUAUUAUAGGACGGCUCCCAUUAUUUUCGUUAGGACUUUCUGUAUUUACCCCACUUUGGCAUGAUGAUGUAAACACUUACAGCUUUGCUAAUAACUUUGUGAUAUUGGCUUAACGAGUACAACGAUUACAACAACCCGCCAAGUCUGAUUGGACAGGACUCUCCUGAAUCUUAUUGGCUAAACUGAACUAUAUACUUAAAACGUCAACGUUACAUAUUAUACUUUAUUGUAAAGUUUGUUUGAAUGGAAAAUGAAUGAAAUAUCAUGUUUACAGUCAAAAAUAAAAACGGUUGGAACCCGACCAAUCUGGCAACACUGGAUGCCAUCACAAUGUGCAUUCAGCUGGAGACCUCUGAGAGUUAAAUAUGAGUAGAGCUAUCAUUGGAAGUAAUUAGAUAUGUAUCUUCACUGGUAGCUGUUUAUUCAUAUGCUUGUAAUUCAAUUAGUUUUCUGCAAAAAAGGCACAAUAACUCUGCAGCAAAAUCAAGUAUUUUUGGCUGGAAAAAUAAAAUCCUGGAGACACUGAAUUACAGCUUGGAAAUGGAGUCAGAAAUCUGCUGUCCGGUUGUGAUUGGUAGCCAUUUUGAUUCUAUCCCAUAUCUAUCCAAAUCCCUCUAAUUCUGCUUUAUGGUGCUUGAAUUGACAGGUUAGUGCAAAAAGUUCCUCCAUACACAUCUAAUUCCUUCAGCAAAUUUUGUCCAUCACUUAGUUGUUUUUACCGACAAUUCAUUUAUCCGUGUUUCUCAAUGUGAACACACUACACUGUUAAUAAUUCUUAUUAACAAUUCAAAAAGGAUGGUGGGUUGUUAAUAUUGUUGGGGUACAGGGGAAGUCCGCACACUUACCCCCCCCGUUUUUUUGGCUACAUACUGUUUUCUUUGCCUUUUCUGAAACUAUGACACUAUGGCACACUGCAGCAUUAAUCUCUAAAUUAUAAACAUUUAUUUCUAGCAGUCUCUGAGACUUUUGAAAUCCCAUUGGUGUUGAAACUAAGAGAGAUAUUACUAAAGAAGAUUUAACACCUAAACUCACAGCAUCUUGGACAAAUCUAGACUUUGGGAUUAGGAUUGGAAACAGCCCAAUCUGGCAACCUGGAUUUCUAUAUAACCAUGCACUUUACAUUCUAACUUUACUGCUUUGAUAUUAAGUACAUGCAAAAGGGAUUUUUUGUUAAUUGUAUUAUUUUAUUUAAAACCGAGGGAAUUGCGUCCAUCGAAUUCUUCUUCAUCUUGAGACUCGAGUACGUAUAUAUAUAUGAUUUGAGACACAGAUCUGGAUGAUGGAUUGUCUCAGAGCACAAGGUCCGGUUGUUUAAAUGCAGUAAAUGUGGUAUACUUUCGUUAAUAUAACACUGUAAUACCUGUGAAACAGGCACAAUUGAAUUGAAAGCAACCCCUGCUAGUUUAUUUUUGUAGUACAGAAAUAAAUUAUCUGUGAUAAAA